AUGGAAACCAUUUUAUCAAAUUCAAUAGAAUCUAUUGCAAUUCUCAAUUUUUAAAGAUUAAUUGAAUUUAAUAUUCUCCAAGAAUAAUAUAGCAUUAAGAGUUUAUUUUAUAUUCUAGAUAAACUUUAAAAGACUUUGACUGAAUUCCCAAUUGGUAAUUUAAAUAAAAAAUGGAAAACUAUAGAUAUAUACUUUAUAUCGUAAGGAUAAAUUGUCUCCUGUUUCUGA